AUGGGACCACAAAAUGACACACAAAUUUCUGAAUUUUUUCUUCUGGGAUUUUCAGAGGAAUCAGAACUACAGCUCCUCAUCUUUGGACUUUUCUUCUCCCUGUACCUGGUCACUGUGCUGGGGAACCUGCUCAUCAUUCUGGCUGUCAUCUCAGCCUCCCACCUGCACACACCCAUGUACUUCUUCCUCUCCAACCUGUCCUUUGUGGACAUCAGCUUCACUUCUACUACUGUCCCAAAGAUGUUGGUGAACAUUCAGAUGCAAAGUAAAGUCAUUACCUAUGUAGGCUGCAUCAUACAGAUUUAUUUUUUUGCGUUAUUUGCAGGGUUGGACAACUUCCUCCUGGCCGUGAUGGCCUAUGACAGGUAUGUGGCCAUCUGUCACCCCCUGCACUACACACUCAUCAUGAACCCCAGGCUCUGUGGAUUUCUGGUGCUGGUGUCCUGGGUCACAAGUGCCCUCAAUUCUUUAUUGCACAGCUUAAUGGUGUUGCGACUGUCUUUCUGCACAGACUUGGAAAUCCAACACUUUUUCUGUGAACCUAAUCAGGUGGUCCACCUUGCCUGCUCUGACACUUUCCUUAAUGACCUGGUGGUGUAUAUUACAGCUGUGUUGCUGGCUGGUUGCCCCCUCAGUGGUAUCCUUUACUCUUACUCCAGAAUAGUGUCCUCCAUCUGUGCAAUCUCAUCAGCUCAAGGCAAGUACAAAGCCUUCUCCACCUGUGUGUCUCACCUCUCUGUGGUAUCCUUGUUCUAUUGCACACUCCUGGGGGUGUAUCUUAGUUCUGCUGUGACCCAAAACUCACCCUCAAGUGCAACAGCCUCUGUGAUGUACACUGUGGUCACCCCCAUGCUGAACCCCUUCAUCUACAGUCUGAGGAAUAAGGACAUCAAGUGCGCUCUGAAAACACUCUUUGAGAAACUAUAA